AUUGCGGUGGAAGCAUUAUACAAUUUAUAAAAAUAUUAAAUAAAUAUAAAAGAAAUUAAAAUGCGUUUAACAAAUAUGCUAUUGAAAAAAGUGAAAAGCAAGCGCGUAAUGGUUCUUAUGGAGAGUGUUGUUAGUAAUCAUCAGUUUACCGCAAUGCGUGAUCGUUUAGCAGAUAAACUUGAAUUAAUACGUUUUGAUCCAUAUAUACAACAAGAGUCAUUGUAUCGCGAGCGCAGAAGGAUACGCAGUGCAUAAACAUGUGAACACAUACAUAAUUAAUUAAUUUACAUUCGUUUUAAAAUUUAAAAAACAUUCAACAAUAAACAUAUGAUUUCGAAAUAUACGAAUAAAAAGUGUAUUGUAAUUA